AGGUGAGUGAUCUUAAAAUAUUGAAGUAGCAUGAACGACUUUAAGCUAUUGGAUUUCAAAUUCAGAUACAGUGCCUUCUGGAGCAGCCACUUGGUAUUCUGUUCUCAGACCUUUAAGUUGAGCCACGUGGGGAACCACUGAAUGGAACAAUACUUAGAUGACUUUCUGCCGAUUGAAUUGAAGUUUUACUAAUAGAAAAGUUCGAUAAAAUAAACAUUUUGGUUUAAAUA